AUGGAUAACGCUCUCGAGAAGAAAAUGUCUGCGCCCAAGUCUGAUGAGCCUGAGGCAAGGGGCGAGAUCCUUGACAUGGACGAUUCAUACACUCCUGAAGAAGAGAAGGCGGUUCUUCGCAAGAUUGACAUGGUCAUCCUGCCAUUUAUGUGCUUCGUCUUCUUCCUCCAAUACCUUGACAAGCAAAGUCUUAGCUACGCUGCUGUCUUUGGUCUCAUUGACGACCUCAACUUGACCAGCUCACAAUACUCCUGGUGUAGUUCCAUUUUCUACGUCGGCCAACUGGUCGCGGAGUAUCCCUGCAUCUACCUCAUGAGCAGACUGCACCUCACCAAGUUUGUGGGAGUCACAGUUAUCGUAUGGGGCACUAUCUGCAUGUGUCUCGCAGCUCCUCACAACUUCGCCGGUUUCGCCGCCGUUCGUUUCCUCCUCGGCUUCAGCGAAGGUGCCGUAUCACCAGCCUUCGUCACCAUCACGUCCAUCUGGUACCGCAAAUCGGAACAUACACUUCGCACUGCUCUUUGGGUCACCAUGAAUGGCGUUGCGCAGGUCGUCGGAUGUCUUCUCAUGUACGGCAUUGGAAAGAAUACGUCACUUGGUCUUGCACCAUGGCGUACUCUAUUCCUUGUCUGUGGUGCUAUGACAGUCGUCGCUGGCAUCGCGUUCUUUACGCUCAUGCCCAAUGGCCCAAGAGAUGCCUGGUUCUUGAGCCCUAGAGAACGUGAGGUGUUGUCGAUGCGCAUGGCUCGGGACCGUGAGGGAGGUGACAAGACGAGCUUCAGCACCAGUCAACUCCGAGAGACGCUCAUGGACCCCAAGGCUUGGGCAGUCUUUUGGUUUGGUGUUCUAGUCACGAUGCAGUCGCCCGUACUUACCUUUGCAUCUCUUGUCAUCAAGUCGGUCGGUUACACGCAGCUCGAGACUAUGCUCUACACGGCACCAUCGGGAUCAGUUCAGAUCGGACUCUUGUGGAUUGGCGUUGGUCUCUGCACUUUGUUUCCCCGGCAGCGCUCGUUGGUCGUUCUGGUUCUUAUCAUUCCGCCUCUCAUCGGCAAUGUCUUCCUGAUGAAGCUUGACGUCAGCGCUGGUUGGGGUCUGAUUGCUGCAUCAUGGGUAUCAUCUUGUAUUACAGCUUCAAUGUCGAUCCUUCUAUCACUCUCCGCAUCGAAUGUCAAGGGAAACACCAAGAGAGCUCUGGUAAACUGCAUGUUCUUCAUCGGAUAUUGCGCAGGCUGUAUUGGGUCUCCCCAGCUUUGGACUCAUGGUCCCCGAUACCGAGAGGGCGUCAUCACCAGCAUUGUGACCUGGUGUCUACUGUUCCUGACGAUGAUUAUUUAUCGAACCCUUUGCAUACGAGAUAACAAGAAAAGGGACCUAGCUGGAGAGUGUCACAGCACUGGGGAGGUCAUUUUGGAUAAGAAUGGUUUGCCCAAGUCUGACUUGACAGACAAGGAGGAUAGGGCGUUCCGAUAUAGUUACUAG